AUGGUAGACUCUAGUUUAAUAACUGAUGAAGAAUCAACUUAUAAUAAUUUAUCAGAUUUGAGUACAUCUGAUAAUGAAGAAACAACUACAGCAGAUUAUCAAGAAGAUUCAUAUUCAACUUCAGUUUCAGCACGUAUAAGUUCAACAUUAAGUUCUCAAUAUAUUUAUCGAUCACAUCAAACAAAUAUUCAAUCAUAUGAUGAUAUUCCAUUUGAAUCAUCUAUUGAACCUGAUCAAUCUGAUUUCGUAAAUCAUGAUAAUUUUUCAUCUGAUAUAAAUAUAGCAAAUCAACGAACAAUAAGUAGCAAUUCCGAUAUAUUUUCAACAACAAAAACAAUUCUUGCACAAGCACUUCCAGAAACACUUGCAGCACCACCAGGAUGGUAUAGUGAAUUAUUUGAUUCAUUUUUAACUAUUUCACUUGAAAUGGAAUCAAAUUUAAAUAUUAAUAAUAAUAAUAAUAAUAAUAUAAAUUUUAUUGAAGAAAAUGAAGAUUAUCAAACUUUAAAUAUGAUGGAUGCUCCUCCAAUGAUUUUUUCUUCAACUGAUGAAUAUAAUCGAAGAAUUAAUGAAAUAUCAUCAUCAACUAUAUUUCCAUCAACAGCUUUCAAUACAAAUAGUAUUAGUGAAAUGAGUAAUAUAACAUUUGAUGAUUGUAUAAGUAACGAAGAAACAAUAAAUUUAAUGAAAGAUCAAGAAAUUUCAUCAUCAAAUAUAGAAGAUAUAGAAUCAUCCACACCACCACCGAUUGUUAUUCGUAAAAAAAUGCCAAAUAAUAAUGUUACAUAUCAACAAAAUAUUACUGUACGUUAUUUACAACCACCUACACCACCACCACAUGGGCCAAUUAUUAUUCGUGAAAUUUGUCCAUCUUCAUCAAUACCAGAACCACCUCUUCAAAUUCGACAACGACCACCACCUCCAGUCACACCACCACCAUUAAUAAUUAGAGAAAGACCUCCUACACCUCCACCUCGACUUUCUCCACAAGUAAUUGAAAAAUUAUUACCACCACCACCUCGUCCGCCACGUCGUAUGAUUGUCGAACGUUUUGCAUCAUGUCCACCUAAACCAGCUGAUGUUAUCAUUGAACGUUGGUUACCUUAUAAACGAAGUGAUCGACGACAAGUUCUUUAUCAACGUGCACCACAACAUAAUAUACGACCAAAAGAACCAAAUAUACUUAUUAUACAUGAACAACCACAUGCACGUAUUCAGCAAGAAUUUAUAAAUGAAGGAGUCACUCGAGUCGAUCCUCAAGUUUAUCUUCAACGUUAUGGUUCUGAACUUGAUUCAUGGCAGAAAAAUUCCCAUUUAACUAAUUUAGUUAGUCAAGCAACUCAUGUUUUACCUCCACCUAAACCAACAUUUUCAACAAUUGAUCCACACAGUCAUCUUCAAUCUCCGACUUCUUACGCACAUGGAUAUCAAUCUCCUCCAUCUACUGGUGCUACAAAUAUCCCGAAUAAAAUGAAAUCAGCCACAUCUACACCUUAUUCAAAGUCAUAUUCUGAUGAUUAUGCACAAUUUGAUUCAUCUUAUCAUUAUUCUCCACAAUCUUUUGAUAGAGUACAAGAAGAAAACGUGAACAAAAUGGUCAAUGGAACACAUUUAUGGGAUGAUCAUUCUUAUCCACCAAGUUCUCGUUCUCAUCUUCCAUCUUAUCAAUUUCCAUCAACAUCAUCGCCUAUUCCUUCGAAAACAAUUCAAGUGAAUUCUGAGACUGAACUUCAACAUAUUCUUUCUGAUUUAACACAUGGCCAGGUGUCAUCAUCACUUGGUUCAUAUUAA